AUGGAGAAGAAGGCUAAGAAUCAAGAUGGGGAAGUCUUUCCAACUGACAAACCCAACCUAAAAGAGAAGACCAGCACUGAUGAAAAUGUGAAGAUGAGUCCGUGUGGGGAGAAGCCCCCUGAAGAUGGGACCAAUAAAAGGAAAAGGUCUAAAAAACCAACAGAGAAGAAAAAGGAUAGUCAAGAAGAACGAAAAAGCCUCUCAGGUGAGACCAGCAAACCUGAGAGCAAGAAGAGGAAGAAGGGUAAAGAAGAAAAAAAUGAAAAGAAAACCAGCUCAGAAGAUCUUCAAAGCAGCAGUUAUGGAAGGAGUAAGGAGCAGGAAGACAACAAGGAGAAGAAAAGACCAAGGAGCCCAGAUCUGUUAGAAGAUGAAAGUGCAAAGAAGAAAUCCCGUGUGGAAGGGAGAAGGCCACCCCCCCUGGACAUACGGAGUUACAAAUUCCAUCGAAAGCUGGGAGAAGGCAGCGGUGGAAAGGUAAUGUUGGCAUCAUUUGCACCAAAGAAACAACUUGUGGCAAUUAAGAUAGUGCAGAAGAAACCAAACAAGUGCAACUAUCCGUGGAUCAGUAUGGAGGCCUGGCUCUCGAAGAUCGCCAGAGAAUGCCCCUUUCUGUGCCACUCACAUGCCACAUUCCAGUCCAAGGCCCAAGCCUUCUUUGUGCUGGAGUAUGCCGGUGGGGGGACGCUGUACAGGAUGAUUUUCCGUCAAAAACAUUUACAGACGAAGAGCAUCCAGUUCUACGCUGCAGAGAUGGUGGUUGCCCUACAGUUUCUGCACUCCAAUGGCAUCAUCCAUCGUGAUCUCAAGCCUGACAACAUCUUGGUGGAUAACGACGGACACAUCAAGAUCUGCGACUUCGGCAUCGCUGCUGCAGGAAUGUUCGCCGGAUGGAAGAUCAGGGGAUUGGCAGGAACACCUGGAUACCGUGCCCCAGAGAUGUUGUCAUUGGAGGCGUACGACGCUGGAGCGGACUGGUGGUCGCUUGGUGUCAUCAUGUAUGAAAUGGCCACUGGAAGGAAGCCAUUUGUCCCAUCACUUGAUCCUGCUAGGGAGUUUUUGGAUAUGAAGCUGACAAAGGUUGAUUAUCCAAGUCACAUGAGCCAGGAAAUGCUGGACCUUCUGCCAAAGCUUCUGGAGAUGGACAAUAACAACCGUUUAGGAGUAAAUGGGAACAUCAGGGAACACCAAUUCUUUGCCGGAAUCAACUGGAGUGAGCUUGAAAAGAGAACAACUCAGACACCUUUCAAGCCCAAAAUUCAACCAGCAGAUAAAUUAAAAGAAAUUAAACCAGGAUUCUGUGCUGAGACCUCCGAGGAAAAUAAGAUAGAAGAUUUCACCUAUGUGGAUUACAACUGGAAUUGGCAGGAGUAAAGCAUUUUCUGUGCUCAUGGGGACUAACAUCAAACUCCCUGUGCAACAAGUGAUCGGGGCAACAUACCAACAAACCAAAUUCCAUCUAUGGCAUCAGAUCUGCCAUUAACUGCAAGUGUUUGCCUGUAUAGCCAACUACAUCAGCCCCACAUGGGAUCCUAGACAGAAAGAAGAGGCAACUUGAAGAAGAAGACGACGUGGGAGGCCAGAAGAGCUGCGAGCUGGUUUUUCUAAAUGGAUUUUGGGCAAAGUCCCACAGACCCUUGGAUAAGGGUAAACAUCUCUACUGAACAUACAGUGCACUUAUGGUAAGGCAGUGCACUGUUAAUUAACAUCGUUCAGUAUAUUUCAAUUUCUAUUUAUAUAAGUUAAGGUAAAUAAGCUUUCUUUCUUUUCUAUCUUCUCUCCUUUCCCAUUCUGCUACCAUUUUCUUCUUCCAUGUAUUUCUUCGUAUGGUAAGUCAAUAGAUAGCAUAAGUUUAAUAUUAGGAUUAUUUCUUAUCUUCUCUUGUUCUCUUUUUUUCUCUAACCCUUUUCACCUUUAAUAUAAGUUAAGCAAAAAAAAACAAAAAAAAACAAAAAAAAAAACAUAGAUAGGAUAAGUUAUAUAGGAAUAGGAAUGUUGGACUUUUUUCUUUCUCAUAUUUUAUGCUCUCCUGUCUUUUUUUAUCUGUAGUUUGGGUGAAUUUGGGAUAGGGGUACUAUAAAGUUUAUAGGAAUAGAAUGUAUGAAUGGAAGUGAAUGUGCGUGAAUGCAGAUAGGGAUCCCCACUGCACCAAUUUAGAAGGUGAACAUAGUUGACCUUUUGAUUGGCUGCAAGUUAAAUUUAGAUUACUAUUAAAAUGUAGAAACAUCUAUAUGAGGCAGUCUGUACCUUGUGCCUCUUUAACCCAGUAGGAGGGAGAAAUAAUGCAGCAGAUGGAGCUACAGCUGUAGGCCCCUUUUUUUCAAAAAAUAAAAUUAAGCCCAUCGGAGGUAUGAAUGUGAUUGGUGAAGAGUUUAGGGAUACUUAGGGUUUAGGAUCAAAGGAAUCUGAACAGACUAGGCAGAGCUGUAUGUCCCUAAAUGCUGCCUAGCCUCCGCUCCCUCCUUCCCCUCCCGGCCAUAAACCAUAUAUUAGGCAAGAUAAAUAGGCCACACUGUUGAUCCAGGGAUUUGUCCGAUUGCCAUUUUGGAGUCAGGAAGGAAUUUUUGCCCCAUCUGAAGCCAACUGGAGAUGGCUUCCGAUGGGGUUUUUUGCCUUCCUCUGGAUUAUCUAGAUGUUAGGUAAAUUUAAACUGAUGGACACACUCACCCUCAAUUACUAUGUAACAGUGUCCUUAAUCCAAUCAUAGGGCCCCAUCCACGUGUCAUUUUAACUCCUUACUAGGUAAGGAACUAGGGAGGGGGGUGGUAAUUAUAUAGUUAGUAAGUGGGGAGUGGAAUCCCAGUCCCAACUACAAUGACCAUGGGAUUUGCCACAGAAAAAGAGAAGAUAGUGAAUGAAUCAGUGAGAGAAUGUGGAUGUAAAGAGUGUGUGUAUUAUUGUAGGUAUCCAAAUGGGGAACGUCUGUUCCUGACACCUCCCAGUCUGAACUGAGGAGGAAGGGUUUCAUGAUGGCUUAUAUUAGCCAGAGCCUGGGUAGAUAGGGAACUAUUGCAGCAAAUGAUAGGGUGAGCCAUUUGCUGCAAUAGGUGUGUGAAUGGACAG